AUGAAAGUUAAUGAUUGUAUAUUUCUGAAUAUGGAUCAGUAUAAGGAUAAUCCUCAUUCAAUGGAAAAAGAGCUGACUUCUGUAAAUUUAUCUUAUAGAUCUCUUAUUGAACAGCUGACAUCAGAAAAGUAUGAGUGUAUGGUGUGCUGUGAAAUCGUUCGAAUGAUGGCACCAGUCUGGAGCUGCCAGAAUUGCUACCAUGUUUUCCAUCUGAACUGCAUCAAAAAGUGGGCUCGUUCACCAGCUUCACAAGCUGAAGCAGAGGGAAAUGAUGGAUGGAGAUGUCCUGCUUGCCAGAAUGUUUCUGCACGGGUCCCUAGUUCUUACACAUGUUUUUGUGGGAAGGUGACAAACCCAGAAUGGAAUCGGAAUGAAAUACCUCACAGCUGUGGAGAACUGUGUGGUAAGAAGCGUUCAGGCAUGGACUGCCCCCAUCCCUGUAACAUAUUGUGUCACCCUGGACCUUGUCCACCUUGUCCAGCAUUUGUAACAAAAGCCUGCGAGUGUGGAAAGACAAGCACACUGAUUUCUACCUCUUCACUUGUUUCAGUAUGUUAUUGUGGCACCAGCUCUCGGGAGGUACCUUGUGGAACAGACAAAGAGCAUUAUGAUGGAACUGGGUAUUUUUCAUGUCAUAAACCAUGUGGCAGUAAACUCAACUGUGGUAAGCAUGAAUGCAUCCAAGAAUGCCAUCCACGUCCAUGUCUGCCCUGCCCAAGGCUUCCUCAUAUAAUACGAACUUGUCCCUGUGGUCAGACUUCCCUUGCCAAGCUGUUGGAACUGGGAUGUAGUGAGCGGAAGUCAUGCACUGAUCCAAUACCCUCCUGUGGCAAAACCUGUGGCAAGCCCCUACUUUGUGGCUCUGAUGAUUUUGUUCAUACUUGUGAAAAUCUUUGCCAUGAGGGAGAAUGUGGGUCCUGUUCACGUACUUCCACUGUGUCUUGCAGAUGUGGCUUCAGAACAAAAGAAAUCCCAUGUGCUGACAUAAAAAACAAAGCUGAACUCACUUUUAUGUGUGACAAGAGAUGCAGUAAAAAGCGUUUAUGUGGCCGCCACAAGUGCAAUGAAAUUUGUUGUGUGGACAAAGAACACAAGUGUUCCCUUAUCUGCGGGCGUAAACUAAACUGUGGUCUACACAGGUGUGAAGAACCUUGUCAUCGGGGAAACUGUCAAACAUGUUGGCAAACAAGUUUUGAUGAAUUGACCUGCCAUUGUGGAGAGACUGUUAUCUAUCCACCAGUGCCCUGUGGCACUAAGCCACCAGAGUGUAAAAACAUUUGCACUAGACAUCAUGAAUGUUCUCAUCCAGUGUUCCACAACUGCCAUAGUGAAGAGAAGUGUCCUCCUUGUACGUACCUAAUGAAGAAAUGGUGUAUGGGGAAACAUGAAGAACGGAACAAUAUUCCUUGUCACUUGUCUGACAUCUCCUGUGGCCUCCAGUGUCAGAAGCUGCUUCCUUGUGGUAUGCACAAAUGUAAAAGGAUCUGCCACAAGGGAGACUGCAUCACAGAUGUGCCCUGUACUCAACCUUGCAUCACCCCUCGAAGCUGUGGCCACCCUUGUGAAGAGCCAUGUCACCCUCGUUCACCAUGCCCAGGAAAGCCAUGCAAAGCUAAGGUACUGUUAACGUGCAACUGUGGACACAGAAAAGAAAAUAUGAUCUGCUGUGAAGCUUCCUCUACUUGCCAAAGAAUUACAGGAAUAACCCAAGCUGCCAAACUGAGUGAAAUUCACCUUGGGGAUCACUUCUCAUUAGCAAGAGUUUUAUCAAGUUCAAAGUUUUUGACUAGUUUACAGUGUGACUCCUUUUGCAUGAGCCAUCCACGUAAUAUGCGAUUGGCUGAAGCUUUAAGCAUUGAUACUAAUUCUGACCCCUUCAAUGUUCGUUUUACAAAUUCCAAGUACAGUGACAGUCUAAAAGAGGAAGCAAGGAAAGAUAUCAAAUUUCUUACUGAAGUUGAGGAAGAGAUGAGAGCUCUUGUUGAAUCUGUAAAUAAGGGCAAACAGACAAAGAGAAGUCAUUGUUUCCCACCAAUGAAAAGAGAUCACCGUAAACUCAUUCAUGACCUGGCUGAAAUUUAUGGCAUUGAGAGUGUUAGUUAUGACAGUGAACCAAAACGAAAUGUUGUUGUUACAGCAGUAAAAGGGAGAUCUUCAUGCCCAAAUCCUUCACUGACUACAGUGAUUGAAAGAGAUCAGCAGAUGAGACCGCCUCCUCCCAUUGCUCACCACAAGCAAGCAACAAAGAAUUCUAGUUGCACUACUAGUACCAUACAGAAGGUGCUGAAAGAAGAACCUCUGAUUGACUAUUUUGAUGUCCAAGACUGAGUGCUUCACAUUGCAGUAUGCCUUCUGUUUGUUUUUAAGACAUGAGCACAGACAUUGAGACUAUGGAUGCUCACAGUGAGCAGUAGAAUUCCCUCAGUUUGAAGGAAUCGCUGAUGUAGUGGUGUAAUGCAGUAUUUCCUACAAUGUUAAAAAACUGGCAUGCGAUGUAAAAAAAUUUCAUUAAAGCACAUACUGGUAGCCUGCCAGCUGUUGCUCUAUUCAGCUUAGCAAAUCUUUUAACACCAGCAAAAAUAUAGCGCCUAUUAACGUUCUUAAAUGCAACAGAAUCCUGGUGUGACGUUACUGGGAUAAAGUAGAGAGACAAAAGAAAAGGACAAAGUGCACAUUACUAUUCCCACCCCACUCACUCCCGUUACCACGUUUGCUAGUGAAUUAGUUUUUUCCCACUCAUGUUUCAGACUUUCCUUUAAAGAUAAUGAUUUUUAUUACAUGUAUGCACUGAGUCUUCUACAGGAGUAUUUCAAACAGUAGUUCAUUACUCUCUGAACUCCUCCUAGCUGUAGAUGGAGCCCUUAGUAUGUCUCGUUAGAAAGGGCUUUUGUUUUUUUGUUUUUUUUUUUUUGUUUUUUUGACAUGGCUUGUGUUGGAAGACCCAUAGGGAGCUUCUCCCCAUUUUCUCUUUAGGUUGUUCCUACUACGUGUAGGUAGAUAUGUCGGACAUGCUGUACUAUCUUGACUUAGGUGUUCCUCAGUUAUGUGAAGCUGUUUUUUAAAAUUUCUUUUCACUAGAUUCAUCUGUGGACUGGUCCUGCUAUUGCAGUCAUGAAUGUGCUUGCCAAGACAGGCGGGAAGAAUUUAAGGUAUAUUUUAGGGUUGUUACAAUGCUAAGAUGUAUGUUUUCUGUUCAGAUGUGAAGGAAGCAACUCAAGUCAGAUGAUGGAAGACCAUUCCAAAGGUCUGCAGCAGGAGAUGAAUCUCAAGUCUAAAUAAGAAUAUGUUUGCCUCCAGUAUCUCCAUCUCUAUUCUUCAGGGAAUAGGGCUUCCUCUGUUACUGUCAGUAGCAUCACUGUCAUUCCCCCUUUUUUCUUCCACAAUAAUAUAGAUAAGAGCACCACAGGAACUUCUAAGCUGGUACUUCUUUCAUCCCACUGUGGAGAGAUGGUGGCCCCCAGUCACAAAUAUAUUCUGGGUACAUGAGGAUUAUUCCUUUCUGAUCCAGAUGUCUGUUGCUGACCUUCUCCUUCCAUUGGGGCAUCAAAGUGGUGACUUCUUUGUUCCACCAAAGUUAUCACGAUAUUUCUGUGAAACACUAUCAUUCGACAGUUUAGAUCUUUAUAUCCCAUCAUUAAAGGCUUUAUCGGUGACUGUCCUGGAGCCUUUAAGGUUGGAGCGUGAUCCAGUCCUGAGAACCCUCUCAGUUCAGUUCCAGGCUGUUAAGUGCUGUAGUUAAGAAACAGAGACCGCAUGCCCAGGAGGCAUACUCAAAAAUGGAAGACUGAGGUAGCUAGAUUAGGUAGUCUUUACCACUUCUUCAGGAAAAAGAUGUGAAAUGGAGGGGCAGCUCUAGAUAUCUUCCCAGUGGGGUCCGCUAGUGUCCUGCCAUUCGUAUACGGUUCCUGGUUUUCCUGGGUCUCCACCUAACGAUGUAGAUAUUGAAUGCGUCUGUCAAGUUCAUUAGGGGAGGUGAUGCAUAUUUUAUAUAUGGUCAAAGACAAAGUCAGGCUCACCCUGCUGAAAUGUUUAGGUCAGAGCCUCCACCUAAAGUGACACCAUACAUGCAGCCUGCCCUGAAGCAGACCCUUAAAGCUGUUUUCAAGGCCAUGAAAAAAGUUCUGCCACUUUGUCAUAGGAUCACUGAUUAUUUGCAACAUAAAGUGCUGUCUUUCUUAGUAAAGCACCCUGUGUUACUCUGACAGUCUCUAAAGUUGCACAGUACAGAGACAAGUUGGAGUGGUGCUCGGUGAUCUGCCUAAUAACCAGGAGUCCUGGAGGUCAGAAAACUGGUUGGGAAGAUGGUCGUCAUCCUCCUGUACUUUCACAGGGAAAAUGGGCCACAUGAAGUACUCUUCCCAUGUGCUCAAGGAGAUAUUACCAACUGUGGGGAGUCCUUGAGGAUGCAUGAGAGCACUUCCAGGGGAUGGCAGAGCAGCUUAACUAUAAGCAGUAAUUUAGCUCUCCUGACAGUGUAUGACUUGACAGACAUGUAGGGCUCACACUGUAGUGAUAAAUUAAAUGGCAUACUGGUGUGCAGUUUACAAGGUUUACGCAGUAAAUUGGUAUGCUUUUGUGGGAUCAUACCUUUUGCCCAAGUAGUAACACAAGAGCUAGUUGAUGUAUAGUAUCUUGAAUUAAAACUACUGUUGAGCUGAGUCACUCAAACGAAAGGCAGUUUUAUUUCCACUUAGUCCCAGGAAAAAGAAUUCCAGCAAGCUGAAUUGGCAUAUGGAGGCAAAGCCAUGACUGUGAGACUGUUAGAAUUCCAUUAGCAGCUGUAGCACUUGACAGAGCUGGUGGGGGAGGAUGGGUGUACCCAAACUAGUGGGGAGGGCAGGGCAGAUCAAGAUGCAUACUAUCUCACAGUCCAGGUGAGGAGAGUUGUCAUUAUGUAGCCAUCGCUUUAAUAAACAUUUGGUCCACUGAGGCAUCAUGUGUUGGUAGCCCACUUUAGUAAGCACAUGGGCCUGUGGUUUCACUGGGCAGGUGGUGGUGCCAACAGUGGUGAGAGGAUAGCUUGUCUUCCUACCCAGGGGUUGGCAUUAGGUUAUUUCAAUGUCUUGUAGAUACCAGCAAGAGGACAAGCAGCUUUUAAUGGCUCCUUGAAUGACAGCAUCUUCCACACCCCACCACCACGUACACACACACACACUUGCUUAUCUCUCUGGCUCUGGGGACUGUGCACCAUGGAGAGACAAAUGGGCUCAAAUUCAGUUGGGAGAGGCUUGAUGUUCAACUGGAAAAUGGAGAAAAAUAACUAUAGAAAAAAAAGGAUUCAGGAAACUGCGUAUUUUUCAUGUCUCUCAAGGUCCUCCUACUUCAUUUUAAUUAACAAAAUAAUCACUCCUUUAGUAGAAGACUCACAGUGGUUUCCAAACCUAUGUUUGUAGUUGGAGAGUGUUUAUGAUCAUAUUGUGGCCUUAGGACUAGAGUUCUAACUGUCAGAAGAGAACCAGUGCAAUACCAGAAAGUUCUGAAAUCAUGAAUGCAUGGGGUCUACCACAGAGUUGUGGUUUCUUUCAUUGUUUGGGAAAAAAAACACAUUCUUGACCAGGUCUGUUUCCACUCCUGACCAAAGGUGCUGCCCUUUUGCAAAGUAGAAUUGCAGUGGAGAGGAUCCCAUUGCUGAGACAUGCUUUUUCUUUUUGGUGCAAGAGCAGAUGGGGUGAAUGAGUCAGUCAGUCCACCCCAUGUUAAACCUUUAGAGUUCUAAACAUUUUUUUGAAUUAAUAAAAGUUCAAAAUGUUAACCAUUCAGUCUUGCCACACACCAGUCCAGAUGAUUGGUUUUGCACUAUAAAACUCCAAAAUGCUCAUUUCCACAUCAUGAUUCACCCCAUUUAUUGGCAGCUUUUGAGGUUCAUAUUGAGCGAGAACACAAACUUUGUUUCACUUGUUUUUGAUCAUCUUCAUCUGGAGUCUGUCUGGUGCUUGGCUGUAAUUGCAGUGAAUUUGCAGAAGGAAUGAAUCUUCCCUUAUCUGGGCAACUGGUUAAUUUCUGUUGCCAUCAGUAAUGCUGUUCUUUGGGAGCUCAGAGGCCACUUUUACUUUGAGUCUGGAGCUUUUGUUUGUUUCUGGACAAGUCUUGUCUGAGUACUUCAUAGCAGAGCCAUUUCUUAACUUGAUGCUGUGUUCCACCUGAGCUACUUGAUAUCAAGUUUGAGAAGGUGUUAGCCCACUUUAUAAAACAUUGUGUUAGUCAGGAACCUUACAUGGGAAGACUGUUGGGACAGUCAUCCUAUUAGCCUCAGGCAUGUUAGAAAAUCACAUCAAGAACAAGAGCUUAAAGGCCAAGGUCUCAGUGCUAACUUCAAGGCAAGUCCAAUUUCCAGCCUGUCCCCUACCCCUUCAUUGGCAAGCUUUCAUUCAACCAGUGAGGCUUUGAUCCCAAUACCUUCUUGGUAAAAGAUCUUGCUUGUGAGGGAACUGUGCAUUUGGCUGCAACCUAGGGAAGCAUCUUUGAGGUUCUUGUGCCUCCUUGCAUAUUGAUAGUAAGCUGGAGCCUUUUGGUGGUUAGAGUCAAGUCCUCAGGUCAUGGGUACUUAGGAUGCCUAUAAGUCUACAUGAACUAACAAACCUUGUUAAUUGAGAAUCCAUCUGGUUAUCCUACACUAUCGCUUUCAUUUCUGGUCCUGAACGUCAAGCAGAUGUUUGCCUCGUCAAACCUUGAGCCCAUAUGUGCGGGAGCACACCAUUAAGGGCUUUGUAUUGAACUAGUGCGGGACCCAGACCUGUUGUGUCUACUUUAGGUGGUGUGUGUAGUCCAACACCUUUAUUACAUUAACCCCCCCCCCUUCCCCGAAAAAAAAUAUCUUUUGUGGACUCAGCAGCUCUUAAGACCACUCUGAGUUGACAGUGUAAUAAGUCUGCCUUUAUCUGCAUUUCCACUGGAUGGCCACAUCUUUGAAGAUGCCCUCUGGCUGAUGAAGGUUAAUGUUGAUUGACUUCUGGAUUAAUCCCAAAAGAAGUGCCCAACAGUGAGUUUUAGGUAUGAAAUAUGAGGAGCUGCGAGUCAUUCUCUGGAGCCAGUCAUCAAAUAUGCUAUCAGAACAGUCUGGAGACAGCCUGAUUCUUAAUCAGUAACUUGCUAAAAAAGCGGAUGCCUUUAACAAGCCACUGCCUGAGUGGACAGAUUUCCUCAGCCUGAAGAACCUUCACAAGUGGUUGAUGAAUGUCAAUAUGGUCACAUUUGGCCAAAUUCUUGCUCAUUGGUCCUUCUCCAAAGGAGGUGUCACUGACUGUUCACUGUUUAAGUAGAGCUCUUUAGAAUGGUCUGUAUUCUACUGCUGAAGUAGACUGUAUCCAGUGUCAAUUCUGCCUAGGAGAUCAUGGUCUUGGCCUGCUUAUUGAGGAUAUAUUUAAUAGUCCAGGCUCGGACCCUGAUGUGUCUUUUGGGUUUAAUGGCUGCUUCAGGUCUUUGAUUGCAUUUGCACACCUGUAGGUUCAGGCAUUUCAAUGGACUUUUAGGGUAUCAUUUGCUUUAGAACCAGCACACACUCACAUGUCAUGAUCACCAUUGUUAUCAGACCCUAAAUUGGUGGACUGUCUCCUGCAUCUUCUAGUGAGCUUUCAGUUUUUACACCUGAAUAGGUAAGAGAUUUUGAAGAUUUGCUGUUUCUUUUGUUGGAGGGGGAAAUCCCACCAUGGCUUCCACUUUAUGCAGAGUUGUGUGCCCCCUCAGGGAGUGAGGACUUUGCAUCUUCAGUUUGGAUAUCAAAACAGUGUGCCAGUCUGUGAACACCUUAGAGACGUUAUUUCUUCCAGAGUCUCCCUGAAUUGGUAAGGCAACCAUUAUGCCAUAGGUUAUCGUAAAAAGCACUGUGACGAUACAAGUCAUAUUCUUUGCACAGAAAAUAGUGUUUAUUUGUCAAGGGACAUCUUUCUCUCCCAAUUUCACAUUCCACACACACUAAACAAGCUAAUGGAUUCUUUGUACUGUGCCUCUUGCUUUCCUGUAGACAUGUGGAUUCAGAGACUGUACAUAGUUAUAAUGUUCCAGAAGUUGGGGCACUUUAAAGGUUGACGAGCUUUCCACCUGGAGAAUGUGGCUUUUAUUUUUAUUUUUCCUUCUUGGUUUGGCAGAGCAAUGAGAAGUAUCCGUGGAUGUAUUCUUUCCGUUCUGUUUAGUAGGCAGUUCUAGUAAUACCGUCUCACUAUUCCUGUGGACUCAAAGCUUUAUCUGAAAGUUCAAGUAGGCAUGCAGUCCAAGAUAUCCUGAAGGACCAAAGUUUUUUUUCAUAAACCCUUGGUGGCUGAAUAGGACAUGAUUUCAUACUCUGAGGCCAAGACAGAGCUGUCCUACCAUGUAUUGGUGGCGAACAACAGGCUUCACCUGGAGGCGUGGCUUCUAAUGUUGACCUCCUCAUUUUGUAAGAUUUAACAGUUGGGAAAUCCCAGAGGUGAUGAGGACUGCCAGGAAGCCUUUUGCAUGUCUGACCUUAUCUCUGCAGGUAAAAUAUUUUCAUUUUGGUGGAAUAUACUGCCCUAUAUGGUCAGUCUGCAUGUAGUAGACGUACCUGAUACUCCUCUAUGAUCAAAGACUGGGUUAUUCAGUAAUUAAGGUGCAUGUGUCCAUCUGUUUCUGUGCAUUGUUGCGUUGUCGGGGACAGAGUCCUAUUCUAAACUCCUCUCUCUCCUUCUCCUUCUCACAUACAGGAACCCAUUCCUUGGUGUGACUUGACCUUCAUAAUAGGGUAGGUACACCUCACUGCCAUUUGAGCUUAUUAACUUUGCAGUGUUUAAGCUUUUUUAUUAAAAACUCUACUUGUUGCCUUCAACCCCCUGUUCUCUUAGAGAUUCAUGCCCUUAUGUGCAUGGAUCUUUACCUUCACUUUUGCAAGGGCAGGGUGUCCCUCAGUAUGAGCCCACAUUUUAAGACAGAAAUGGUUUCACAGGUGUCACUGAGAGUCAACUUUCCAGUUUUCUUUGGAGCACAGGAAAAUGGGAGAGAGCAAUUCCAAAUUUCCUGAACGUGUACAAGCAGCUCGUGUUAUAUGAAGGUUGGUACAGGAGUUUAGGAAGAGAAAACAGUUGUUUUUUCUGCUUUGCUGCAGGGAGGAAAGUUCUUGUAGUUGCCAAGCAGACCCUCUGCUGAUGGUUUGCCAUCUCUCCAUUUGCAGAUGUUGUGGUCAGAGUCCUCUGCACCAGAUGAGUGGCUGCUUCAUUGCUUACUUCAAGCAUCUGUAUUGCAGACGUUUGUGCUGUAGCUGCUUGAACUUGAUAUAUACUACCUUAAACAAGCAUUAUUUUCUUGCCUGGGACUCAGAGGCAGGCUACUUUUAAGGAUUAAUUUUCCCAGGCCUCAGCUUGCUGAACUCCAGUUUAGUGUAUUCCUGUGGAUUCUUCCACACUGUUUUUAUUGCAUAGGAUUCAGUCUAAUCAGGGAGCCAGCAAGGAUGAUUUUCAACCUUGAGUGUAUUAGAUUCUUGAUAUAUUUGUUGAUCUACAAGAGCUCUUCCUUGAUAUCUCUGGAUAUCCUACCCCCAUGGAUGAGUGGUCCUCAUAACUGGCAUAUACUGUUGGAAUUCUCCUUAAGCUGGCUUUGUCUAGAUUCUGAGAUCCCUUUAAUAAUUUGGUGUUAGAUCUGCACUAUUGAUUUACAGGACAGUGCUUUGUAGUUGGCAAAAGAGUAAACUGAUGAGCUCUGUGGAGGGAGUAUGCUGUAGAGUGCAUAAUAUGUAGGUGUCCCCAAAGGGAGAUUUGACUGGAAAAAAAUGACAGAUUCUUAUUUCUGGAAAAAAGUAACCCCUAAUUAAGGACCUCUUGUAGAUGGACUUAUUAAACUGAUAACGCAAGAACGUGUUCUAAUUUCUUCUCGGCAUGCCUUUUGAUCUUUGACUUCACACAAGCGAACACUUCCUAUGAAGAGAAACUGCUCUGCAAAAAAUGUACUGAGGACUCAUGCUGCAGGUGGGAGGAAAAUCUGUAGAGUAAUGAAUUGCUAGUUAAAGUGCUGUAGAAAAUUUGGAGUUUAUCUUUGUGGCAUUUUGAUUUCCAUAUCUGGAAAGUAGCUCCAUAAAAUUGGUAUAAAGUAUAAAUUUUGUUUUGUGUGACUGACAAUUAAAGCUGUUGACAUUUCA